AUGGUCCCCGGCUGCGUGCGCCUGGCCGCCUCCCAGUGCCGGGCAUUGGAUGUGCCCGCACUGCGCGGCAAGGGGGUGGAGGCACUGGGGGAGCGCUGGGCGUCGAUGUGGCCUCAUCUGGGAUCUCGCGUCCCUCGAGGCGGGAAGGAAGGCGAUGGGGAGGGGCCGGAUCAGCAGGCGUCCGGCAAAGAGGGCGUUUCAAGGGGCGCCGACGAGUGGAGGUCCAUUUACUCUUCGAAAUUGCAUCGUGAGGGGUCCCAGAAUGCAAUUGGCCAACAUCGAUGCCAUGCCUCGGUUGGUGGCGGCCUGAAUGGGGACAUCGCUGCUGCGGCAAUCAACAAGCAAGUGGUGAAAUUCAUGAAAGGGGUCGUUUGGAUCGUUAGAGACGGGGAAGGGCCGCUGGAGAGUAGGAGAGCUCGCAAAGAGGCUGUAAAUAGAUUGGACGGCGCCCUGGCAAAGGUAAAUGAACUCACCAAGUCAAGGGCAGACAGAUUAGAUCAUAUCAACGUGGCAACAAUGAUACACCAGAUGGGGGCAAUAGCAAAACUGACAAGUACAGAGUGGCACAUCGUGCACAAUCAUUCUGCGCUGCUGUCGACCUUGAUGGGCAUUGCCCUGGAGAAAGCGGACCAGUUUCGACCACAUCACCUCUCUCAGAUCGUGUGGGCAUGCAGCAGGCUGGGCCACAGUGUGUUGAGCAUCCCAGCAGGGGAUGGGACCACUGCAGCACUAAUUAAACUACUUGUGAGGAGGGCUUCUGAGACCAGUGCCGACUUUACACCGAUGAGCAUAUCCCAACUGUUGUAUGGUCUUGCCAGGCUGGAGUAUCCUGGUCCUCUUGCAUUGCUGACCCCAAUUGUGAAUAUGGUUGGGCCACAGGUGGGGGGUUUCUCAGCGCAGGGGCUGUCAAACACACUGUGGUCUCUAGCAAAACUGAAUUACAGAAACCAUUCUGGAGUCGUCCAGUCCAUUUGCAACAGGUUGCACAGUCAAAUAGAUGAAUUUGGACCCCAGGCUUUGGCCAACAUGGCCUGGGCACUUGCGGUCUUGAGGCACGGGGUCUCUGCUAGCACCCUGCAAUCGAUAGAGGAGGCGGCUGCUGCAAAGUCUUCCCAGUUUCGCAUUAUGGAGAUGGGCAUGCUGCUGUGGGCUUUUAGGCAGCUGCAUUAUCGCCCUGACAAGGAGUUUUUGGAGAACGCAGCAACGCUGGCGAUGCGGCGCAUGUUCACCAGUUUCAAGCCAGCAGAUGCCUCGUUGUACUUGAUGUCAUGUGCUGACUGGAAUUUUCAGGCGCCAGGCCUGAUCUCCGCCCUCAAGGUUCGGGUGCUGUUGCAAGAUGAUCUCGAACUGAGACACUGCUGCAAUGUGGCGUGGUGCCUUGCUAUUCUAGGGGACCACGAUGUCGAGGCGCUGUCCAGGGUCGUGGCACAUAUACUGAAGUAUGACUCUCGCCACUUAUCGGAAACCCAAAAGAGACAGCUAUUUCAGACGUUUCUGUCGUUCAGAUUGUUUCAACCCAAGUGUGACAUCAAUGCCAUCGUGCCAAAGAUGCUGGAGACGGCAUGCAAGGAGUGUUGGAUAGAAUGCCAACAAAAGAGCUCCCUCCCCCCGCCAGUCGUUGAGAUCAUGAGCGUGUUAAGACAGAUCGGCUUUUCCUGCAAUUGCCCACAUCACUUGGGAGGUGGCUUGCUCGUGGCUGGAACAGCAUUGAACAGAGCAGGGAUUAGGUUUGCAGUGGAGAUGAUAACCCCCAUGCGGUGCUUCAACAACAGCCCGUCCAGCCUUUUGGGGACGUACCUGUGGCGGGAGAGGGUGCUGGAGGCGCUGGGUUGGCAGGUCCUCAGGAUCUGGCACGACGACUGGAUGGGUCUGUCCACCCUCCAGAUGAAAAGAGCGUUCUUGAUGCAAGAAGUGGGUCGUCUCAUAACGGCUUCCUGA